CACAUUGUUCUUAGAAUGUCUAGGUUAAUUAAGGACCUAUUCUCUCAUAGAUGGUGUUUUCCACCUUAGAAGAGUUAUUGUUUUUCCAAUGGUGUUGGAACAAAUGCAUCUUGAAGUAUGCAUUCUUGCUCCUCUUUAAGUAGUGUUGGUUGUGUAAUUUUUGGAUUACCAUAUGUUUUUGCUGAUUUAUACAGACUUCCACGCUGGAGAAAGAGGCAUAUCCAGCUUUAGAUCAAUUAUCCGCUAAAACCAAUGCAGAUAACCUACAACGUGUGAGGCUUAUAAAAGGUCGUAUGGUUGCUCUGUCUGGACGUGUUCAGAAGGUGAGAGAUGAGCUUGAACAUUUAUUGGAUGAUGAUAGGGAGAUGGCUGAGAUGUAUUUGACUAAUAAACUUGCCAGUCUAGAAUCCGAAGGUUUUUUCCCAGGUGAUGAGCCACAGAAUGAUGCUAAUGCAUUUGAAUUAGAUGACGUGAGCAACGAGGACAUAAGUUACAAAAGCCGCACUGCACCUGUCAGAAGUUAUUGGCCAAAUAUUGAGGAGUUGGAGUCGCUAUUGGGAGCAUACUUCAUGCAAAUGGAGGAAAUUUUAAACAAGCUAUUCACUAUGCGGGAAUAUGUCCAUGAUACAGAGGACUACAUCAACAUCAUUCUGGACGACAAACAGAACCAGCUACUGCAAAUGGGUGUUAUUGUUAGCUCAUUAGUGUUGAUUAUGAAUCUUGGCGUUGUGACUGAUGCAGUAAUGAACAUGAACAUCCACAUCAGUCUCUUUGAUGCUGGAAAAUAUUUGCAGUUCUAUGAAACUGCUGCUGGUAUUGUUUGUGGCUGCUCAACCAUAUUUUUUUUAGCCAUCAUGUUGGGUAAGAAAAAGGGGUUGUUUGGUUGAUGAAAUUUUGCUCUUGUGGAUGUCAGAACAGAAGUAAAUAGUAUCUGUUAUGAACAUGAUACUUGGAAGUAUAUUGAUGUAAUAUUAAGAAUGUAUGUUUCGAAUUCUUUCCUACAUGAAACA